UAUUUGGCGAGCCCCAAGUGGGAAUACGACUGGAAAAAAUGGAUUACAAACGGAUAUUGUUUAUGUUGAGCCUGGCUGUGCUGCUGUUCUGUAAUUUUGUGCAAGCCAGCGAACCGGAAACGGAUGUGGCAAAGGAGAAGCCUAGUGCCGUGCAACUCUCGGAAGCCGGCGAGACGACCCAUAAUGAGGAGGGCGAUCGAAAGGUCCGCCAGUACUUUGGCCCACCGCCAUUUGGGCCACCACCACCGCCCUUCUUUGGCCCACCACCACCACCACCCUACUAUGGCGGAGGCUUCGGCGGUGGCUUUGGCGGCGGUUUUGGGCGCACUCGUGUCGUCACCCGCACCCGUUACCGUGGACGCGGUGGCUACUACGGCGGAGGCUUCUACGGUUAAUCAACUGAGGACUCGCCAGUGAAUAAAUAACCAUUUUGUGAUACUUCUUUUGUGC